AUGAAGCGGCCACGCAUCCUCCUCCUCGUGCCCGCAGCCGACGGCAGCAACUGGUACCCCUGGCUCGCGGCCAAGCUCGACGCGGUCAAGUGCAAAGUUGUGCUGCGCUGCACCACGACGCCGCUCGCCGCACUGCGCGACGAGUGCGACGGCGACACGGUGCAGUCGCGAUCCCGCGAUGUCGUCCUCUGA